UUUUCUCUGUCAACAUGGCGCUGUGCAGAGGAGCAGGGUUGUUGUUAAGGACAUUGUUACCGGGAAACCCUCUCCUGUUCCCCGCUGCAUGCCGAACACAGAGCUCUGUAAGCGGCGUGCUGGUGCCCCGGACCUCGCUGACCAGCCCCCCGUGGCCGGAGCAGCUGCCCCCGGUGUGUGAGGCGGAGGAUGCGAGGCGACAGGCCGCCGUGGUGAGCACCGUGAACGGAAGCAUCGAGAGGCAGGACUACGGGCGUCUGUUCGCGGUGGUGCACUUUGCCAGCCGACAGUGGAAGGUCACCGGAGAGGACCUGAUCCUCAUCGAGAACCACCUGGAGGCCGGCUGCGGGGAGACGAUCCGCCUGGAGAAGGUGCUGCUGGUGGGCGCAGAGGACUUCACCCUGGUGGGGAGGCCUCUUCUGGGGAGGGAUCUGGUCCGGGUCGAGGCCACUGUCAUCGAGAAGACCGAGUCCUGGCCCAAAGUGCACAUGCGGUUCUGGAAGAGACACCGGUACCAGCGCAAGAUGAUCAUCGUGCAGCCGCAGACGGUGCUGAGGAUCAACAGCAUCGAGCUGGCCCCCAGACUCUCAUGAUGAUGGACUAUUCCACACAGACUGGCUGCUUUCUAUUCAUAUUAAUAUGCAAAUAACUGUUAGUGAGUUGCUUUAAUGCUGUGGCGAGGUGACUCUUCUGGCAGUUGUUGACUGUUUGAAACUGUAAAUAAAGAUUCAUCUUUUUACUGAUAUUUAA